AAGCCCCAGCGGCGUUGCUGGCUCGGCAGACCGGGCGGCGGUGGGCGGCGGUUGGCGGCGGCGCCCGCCGGGGCUGAGGGAACUGCCGCCCGCCCUGCCCCUCAUGCGGCGCAGGCAGCGGUCUCUCCCCUCGCCGCCGCGUUUGUCGUCUUUGUGGGCGGGUUGGCGGCUGGCGGGAGCCCGCCAUGGGGCGGCCGCGUCGGGGCUGCUGAGGCGGCGGCGGGGCAGCAGCCGGGCGGCCCCAUGGAGGAGCGGGAAGGCGAGGUGCGGUGGGACGGGCUGUGCAGCCGCGACGCUGCCAGCCGCGCCGCCGCCUUGGAUAACAUCGGGCAAGCCGUUCUCCGCCGUAGCGAGACCAUCGCUCCCGUGGCGGCGGUGCCGCUUAGCCGGGCGGCCGACGGGCCGCUGGUUCCCGCCGCCCGCGACGGGCUGAGCGAGGUGCUGGCCCGCCUGCUGAUGCUCUCCAAGCGCUGCCCCUUCCCCGACGUGAGGGAGAAGAGCGAGGCGAUCCUCAGCCGGGUGCAGGAGCUAAUAUGUAGAGAUCUACAGAAACCAAAAAUGCUUCAGCUUGAAUGCAUCUGUUCUCUUGAUCUGGCAGUUGCUAAGUCACACGAGCUCUGGUUUAGGGAACUUGGAAUAAGAAUUCCUAGACCACUGGGACACGGACCAAGCAGAUUCAUCCCCGAGAAGGAGACGAUUCAAGUGGGAAACGAAGACGCCAUGAUGCACGCGCUGUUUGCAGAAUCUUUUGCUACACUGGGCCGAUUGGACAAUGUUACCUUGGUGAUGGUUUUCCACCCACAGUAUCUUGAAAGCUUUCUGAAAACUCAGCACUAUCUACUGCAAAUGGAUGGUCCGCUCCCGCUUCAUUACCGACACUACAUCGGGAUAAUGGCUGCGGCACGACAUCAGUGCUCUUACCUUGUUAACCUCCAUGUGAAUGACUUCCUUCACGUCGGCGGAGACCCUAAAUGGUUGAAUGGUCUGGAAAAUGCACCUCAAAAACUGCAAAAUUUAGGAGAACUGAACAAAAUGUUGGCUCACCGACCCUGGCUUAUCACCAAGGAACAUAUCGAGCAACUUCUGAAGACUGAAGAGAACAGCUGGUCCCUGGCGGAGCUGAUCCAUGCCGUCGUUCUCCUUACACACUACCACUCCCUUGCGUCCUUCACCUUCGGUUGUGGAAUCAGCCCGGAGAUCGACUGCGAAGGGGGUCACACCUUCAGGCCCCCUUCUGUCAGUAACUAUUGCAUAUGCGAUAUCACAAAUGGUUACCAUGGGGUGGAUGAAAUUCACGCCAGCCCAACUGGAAGUAUUCCAUCUACGGAGUCUGUCUGUGAAGUUGAAGCCCUUAUGGAGAAAAUGAAGCAGCUACAGGAGUGUAGAGAUGAAGAGGAAGCCAGCCAAGAAGAGAUGGCUACGCGUUUUGAAAGAGAGAAGAGAGAAAGCAUGUUCGUCUGUUCUUCAGAAGAUGAAGAAUCGGCACCAACAAGAGAUGUGUCUCGUCACUUUGAGGAUACCAGCUAUGGUUACAAAGACUUCUCCAGACAUGGGAUGCACGUGCCCACGUUUCGCGUGCAGGAUUAUUCCUGGGAAGACCAUGGCUAUUCCUUGGUUAAUCGUCUCUACCCGGAUGUGGGACAACUACUUGAUGAAAAGUUUCAUAUCGCUUAUAAUCUGACUUACAACACAAUGGCCAUGCACAAAGAUGUGGAUACCUCAAUGCUAAGACGAGCUAUUUGGAACUAUAUUCACUGUAUGUUUGGAAUAAGAUACGAUGAUUAUGACUAUGGUGAAAUUAAUCAGUUGUUGGACCGCAGCUUUAAAGUUUAUAUCAAGACUGUGGUUUGCACUCCUGAAAAGACCACAAAAAGAAUGUAUGAUAGCUUCUGGAGGCAGUUUGAACACUCUGAGAAGGUCCAUGUAAAUUUGCUUCUGGUAGAAGCUCGGAUGCAAGCCGAACUACUUUAUGCUCUGAGAGCUAUUACUCGCUAUAUGACCUGAUGUCUCCGGCUGCCUGUCGACGUUGGAAUGUUCUGCAGCUGCAGCGUGGCAGAGGAAGAUACGAAGCCUCAGGACCAACGGUAGCUAAAAGUUAAGAUGCCCAUUGUGCCAUAACUCCUUUAGUUUCAGCUAUUAUUUCCGUGUUUGGAAUAUCACUGCCGCCACUCGGCAGUGAACGCUUGGCAGUUGAAAAGACAGGGUCGUGCAGAAGUGCUGCCUGCUCAUGGUAUUUUGGCUUUAGACAGCACGGGACACUCUAUGAACUUGUGGCAAUAUAGCAAACGAUAGAUAUAUAGAUCUUGUGUUAAGGCAAAUACUACGGGAGUUGGAGCGUGACAAGAAGUGGGACUUGAUGACAUUUGCUUUCCCUCUGAGAAUAAUUUUAGAAAAUCUUGAUGCUGCUAUUUGUGCUGGUGGAGUGAACAGACACAGGCUGUUCCAGUUAAGCUAAAAGUGAAAGUGAGCACUGCUAUUGUCUGAGCCUUUAUUGUGUGUGGUUUCAAAAAAAGCCUUGUUAUUUAGAUUUCUUUUUUUUCUUUAAUCAGAACUAAACCUCUUCUGUCCACACUGAUAAUUUGAAAGAUAGCAGUCAAUUUUCUCAAAUAGUUUAGCCUUAAAAUGCUACAGGACAUUUGUUCAGCAUUAUUUGGUGAGCUCCAAAGUGCAAUGGUCUUCCUAUGGAAAGAAGAGGACUUGAGUCCUCAGAGCUUUUGAGAGAUCCGACUCCGUCAAGUGUCGAGUAGCUUCUUGUCCUGUUUUUUCAAGGAUGAACCGAUACCUGUUCCAGGAGCUAGGACAAGGUGUGGGAAUGUUGUUCUAGACUGCCAAACAGUCCUACUGUAUUACAUGCCCAACGCUGGUCUUACUGAUUUUUUGCAGUUGCUUAAAUAACUAGGCUAAAAACCAUCUAUUUUUAGUAAAUCAGAACGUGAUUAAAAUGCUGACGUUUAAUAUACAGUGGUUUUGGAGAACACAUGAAUACUUUUGUAUGAGUGUGAAUUGCUUUUUAAAUUUGUCAGUAUUAUUGGUAUUUUUUAAAUAAAGGUAACAACUUUU